AGAACAAUCCUUUGCUACUUUCCACUUCACCUGAUGGAAACUUUGAGAUGCUGCCUCUCACUACAUGGAUAUACUGUUGUGUUUACGGUCCUUGCAAUGAUCAGCAAAGGGUCACCAUGUGAAGCUCCUUCCAGUCCUGAGUGCUUCAGAAGAGGUGCCGAUCACAACAUGUACAAGUGUGAGUGGAGCAUGAAUACAACAGAGAGCGAUGUGACAUUUGACUUCUACCUUAAUGAAACAAAAAUUGAGAGCAUAAAGAAUAACACCUCAGCUGAGUUUACCGUGGAACGGCUCAUCAUAAUGGAAACUGUAUACAUUUGGCUGGAGGCUCAUGAUGGAAACUCCAGCUGUACAUCACUCAAGAGUUUUGUUGUCCUGGCCAGCAUAGUUAAGUAUGAAGCUCCACAGGAGAUUAUGAUGUCAUGGGUUAAAGACAACCUCAAUUUAAGAUGGAAAGCAGCAGAGAACUAUCCAGCAUUAGCCGAGGUCCGGUUCCGUCGACAUGGACACCCCAAUGAAUCAUGGGUGAACACACUGAAUUCAACAAAAACCAAGGCAGGGACUUCAGUGUAUCCGGUCCGUCUGUUGAGCAACUCUGCUUACCAGGUUCAGAUCAGACAAAAGUCCACUCAAGCCCGUAAACCACUGUGGAGCGACUGGUCUCCAGUUGUGGACGUUCCUGCAGAACUUAAGGAAAAACCUGACGUCAACAUGAGCUCAGCACUUGUGAAUGGCACUCGAACUGUGACGCUGUUUUGGAAGCGGAUGCCUUCUGCCACAGCAGUCACAGGAGUGACGUACAGCCUGAAUAACACGCAGUAUCCUCGCGGAUGUCCCUGUUUGAAAAGCACCCAUCUCAUCCAAAAUAACAAGAAAACUUUUCACUUCUCCUACUCUGCUGUCGAUGUCUUUGUCAUUGCCAACAACACAGCAGGGUAUUCUCCUCCAGCUGUCGUUCAUUUACCUGCUGUGACUGCAGCAGACUUAAAAGCAUGCAGUGCAACGUUAUUGGAUGAAAAAUUAGACAGGAAGACUUGCCUUGAAUGGUACGAGCUUCACAACGGAGAUCCGAGGCCAGAAAAUGUGAUCACUUUAACAGGAAGGCAGAAGACAAAGGACAGGCAAAGAAUAAAGAAGGUUUAUGUUACAGACCUGAAGGACUUUGUUCGUUACCUUUACUAUGAACACAGAUGUGAUGACGGGAAACCACGGACAGUUGAAAUGUGUCUCUUUUAUAAAAAAGAGGAUGCUCCCCUCACAGAGCCGCAGGAUUUCAAUGCUAAUGGUGAAACACACUGCUCUGUGAACCUGUCUUGGCGAGGGAUUCCCUCCGAGGAGCAGCGAGGUUUCCUCACACACUACAGCCUCUGCAGGGAGAAAAUGAGCUCUCAGGAUGAGUCACCAGAGUGCCACAACAUCUCUGCCUCAUUGAUCACAUACCAUCUGGAAAACUUGACCCCCGCAACCAAGUACACCAUCAGCCUGGCUGGAGUGACACGAGGGGGAGAAGGACCUAAUGCCGUGGUCACAAUCAAUACACUGCCAGAAAAGACUUUUAAUGUGUGGUGGAGUCUCGGCUUGCUGUUGUUGUUCUUUUUAUUCCCAACAAUGUGUGCCUUUAUUUUGAAGAGAAUCAAAACCAAGAUCUGUCCUCCUGUGCCGACACCUGUUAUUGAUUUCAACUCUUAUCCAACGAAGAAUCAGGAAAUGCAGGUCAGAAAGGAGGAGGUGCAUGACCUGACACUGCACGUGCUGCUCCCGGAGGACAAGACUGUCCCAGAGGAGACAGAGGGGAUGACUGGCGUCAGAGGAGAGUGGGAUGGCACUGACGAGGACAUGGAGAAUGAAAGGGGGGAUUCAAGGAUGUCAGGAGACAUCAGUGAUGAGGGUCCCGACUGUACGGAUGAUGCACUGAGGAGCUCCAGAGAGACAGAGAUGACGGAUCUCCAACAGCUAGAAAACAAGUUUGCCAUGCUGAUAUACAGAAAUGGUUUGGUCUUCGAUGUGAAGACAGACUCACCUUAAAAUGGACCUAGCAGAGGGUCUUACUGCCUUGAAGCAAAGGAUUACACAAACAUACCUCGGCUGAAUUAUUUGUGGACUCACUGUACACUUAAGACUGGAAGGAUUACAUUUUUCAUUUUCCAAAAUGUAUGAUUUUUUUUGUCUCUUUUGAUGGAAAUCACCCGCUGAAUCACCUUGUUUUAAUGGAGCUCAGUGUAUGGGCGUUUAUUCUUUAAGUAAUUAACCAACCACUCAGCGGAGUUCAGAUACAGCCUCACAAACCAACUCCUCAUCACACCCUGCAUUCUUCUGUCACCACCACCACCACCAGGGUCUAGACUACAUCCUACCCUGCUAUCUGCGUCAUUACCCCUCCGAGUGCAUGAAGUCAUCAUGACGGAGUCUAAUCGCCAAAGAUAUUCCACAUUGAUCUUUUCUAAAUUGUUAAAUGAAUAAUUGGUUCAUUCUUAAUGAAGUCUCUCCUGAUUUAAAUAUAAAUAUACGAUGUUCUUGUUUUGAA